UGGAUUUCUCUUUUCCUAUUCUAUACCAAUUGAAUUAACAUAACACUCAAUUGACACAUAUAAUGCUUUCAUCAGUUUUAAGAACUACUGCUACCCGUUCAAUGGGUCCAAGAGGGGCUGCCACUUCUCUCAAUGCUGUUAGAACCAAAGUUUCAUUACCAGAUUUGGACUGGGACUUUGGGGCAUUAGAACCACAUAUUUCUGGUCAAAUUAAUGAAAUCCAUUAUACCAAACAUCAUAACACUUAUGUCAAUGGUUAUAACACUGCCAUUGAACAACAUGCUGAAGCCAAAUCUAAAGGUGAAGUUAAAAAAACCAUUGAAUUGCAAAAAGCAAUCAAUUUCAAUGGUGGUGGUUAUACCAAUCACUGUUUAUUCUGGAAAAAUUUGGCUCCAGCCAAACAAGGUGGUGGUGAACCACCAGCCAGUGACUCUGAUUUGGCCAAGGCCAUUGAAGCUCAAUAUGGUUCUUUAGAUAACUUGAUUUCUAUUACCAACGGUAAAUUGGCUGGUAUUCAAGGUUCUGGUUGGGCUUUCCUUGUUAAAAACAAGGAUGCCGGUGGUGUUCUUGAAGUUGUUACCACUGCUAACCAAGACACUGUUACUGGUCCUUUAGUUCCUUUGGUUGCUAUUGAUGCUUGGGAACAUGCUUACUACUUGCAAUACCAAAAUGUCAAAGCUGAUUACUUCAAAGCUAUCUGGAAUGUUAUCAAUUGGAAAGAAGCCGAAAAGAGAUUCUUAGUCAACUAA